CUCUUCACCCACUUUCUGCCUUCUUCAUCACCAUCGCGAUCAGCCCUGGGAGGAAACAGGAGGCCCUCUGUCACUUCAGCUGUCGUCGCAGUUUGAUAAAACACUCAAGAUGACUCAUCAGUUCCCAGCCCUCUCUCCGGAGCAGAAGAAGGAGCUCUCUGACAUUGCUCAGAGGAUCGUCGCUCCAGGAAAGGGAAUCCUGGCUGCGGACGAAUCAACAGGCACCAUGGCGAAGAGGCUGCAGAAAAUCAAUGUGGAGAACACAGAGGAGAACCGCCGCUGCUUCCGGGAGAUCCUUUUCUCAUCCGACCCCUCCAUUGCCAACAGCAUCGGUGGGGUCAUCUUCUUCCACGAGACGCUCUACCAGAAGUCAGACAGCGGCAAACUCUUCCCCCAGGUUAUCAAGGAGAAGGGGAUUGUUGUUGGGAUCAAGGUAGACAAAGGCACAGCUGGUCUGAAUGGAACAGAUGGAGAGACCACCACCCAAGGUCUUGAUGGCCUCUCGGAGCGGUGCGCCCAGUACAAGAAGGACGGCUGUGACUUCGCCAAGUGGAGGUGUGUGCUCAAGAUCUCAGAUGGCUGCCCAUCAGCUCUCGCCAUUGCAGAGAACGCCAAUGUUCUUGCCAGAUAUGCCAGCAUAUGCCAACAGAAUGGCCUGGUGCCCAUCGUGGAGCCAGAGAUCCUGCCUGAUGGUAACCAUGACCUGCAACGCUCCCAGUAUGUCACAGAGAAGGUCCUGGCUGCUGUGUACAAGGCUCUGAAUGACCACCAUGUGUAUUUGGAAGGAACUCUGCUGAAACCCAACAUGGUCACCGCUGGACACUCCUGCACUAAGAAAUACACCCCCCAGGAUGUCGCCUUGGCAACAGUAACCACCCUGAGGCGCACUGUACCCGCUGCUGUGCCAGGCAUCUGCUUCCUUUCUGGAGGCCAGAGUGAGGAGGAGGCGUCCCUCAACCUGAACGCAAUCAACCAAGUUCCCCUCCACCGUCCCUGGAAGCUGACCUUCUCUUACGGCCGAGCACUCCAGGCCUCCGCUCUUGCAGCCUGGGUGGGCAAAGAUGCCAACAAGAAAGCUGCGCAGGACGCUUUCUUCACCAGGGCCAAGAUCAAUGGCCUGGCCUCCAAAGGAGAGUACAAGCCUGCCACCCCAGCCAGCCAGGCUGCUAUGCAGUCCCUUUACACUGCCAGCUACGUCUAUUAAAUACUAUGAACACUAAAAAAAAUACAUGUGGACCAAAUGUUGAUGUCCCCCUGCAUCACCAAUAACAUGAGAAGAUUUCCAGCGUAAUGUCGAGCUAUUGUUGAUAAAAGCUGAUAACAUCAAAGGGAAAUAAACUGAAAAUUCCAAAA